GAAGUUUCAAUUAUUUUUAAAUUGUCAGUUAAUACGUAUACAUAGGAAUUUCACAAAAAACAAAUAUUUUAUUUAUUUGAAAUGAUUAGUAAUCUAAAUUUUUGUAAACCAUCUCUAAAAAGAAUUCAAAAAGACGAAGAACAAAAUGAACCAUUCACAAAAACUCGAAAAAAAAGUUCCAAAUUCAACAAAAUCAAAGUCUGUUAUAUUUUUUCUUUACCAAAUGACAUAUUGGAAAAAAUUGUUGGCUAUAUUCCGUAUUGGCAUUUGCCACGGCUGAGAAAAAGCUGCAAACGAUUGCUUGGCGUUUGUGAUGCAGUCCUUCUUCAUGAAUUCAAAACCUCUUUACACGACUACAGCUUAAAAGAUCCGGAGGGUAUAGAGUAUGCUUCUCUGAUGGCUAUAAAAGAUGCAACUUGGCCAUAUAUUUUUUAUGGUUAUGAGUCUAUAUUUUGUGGCACGAUAUUACCAAUCAUUUGGAAUAACAACAACUUUUAUCCAGAACCAGAUAAAAUCAAAUCAUUUUUGAAGCAUUUCUAUAAAUCGGCCAACAACAAAUGUGGCAAACCGAAUUCACAACCGUCCAGAUUACUUUAUUGUAUAACUUUAAUGGGACUCUUGAAGAAGUUGAAAAACUCACGUCUACUUUCUAUUUCAUCAAUUGCACCGAAUUACUGGCGGUUUGUGUUAGAACUCCGAGGACCCUGGAUUGGAGUUUUAUCGACACCCAAAUCAGCGGUCGAACCACAUGAACGUGCUAAAUUAUUGAUGAUGUUAUGCGAAAUACUCAUUGCCAACAGAACAAAUCGAGCGCUAAAGGUUUGGGAGUGUGACAGCGAAGUUUUUAUUUUUGGUACAAAUUCGAGUGAGGAAAAAAAAAAACCAACAAUGGUGGUUACGUUUAAAAUAAGUGCAUCAAAGAAAAUAACUAGACUCUUGAAAUCUUUUCUGGAAGAUGAGUUGGUGCAGUUCCCAGUUUCUUUGCCACGGGGUGAAUUUGCUGUGGCCAUUGAUGUUACGUGUAAAGAAGCAACCAAAUGGGGUUGUUGUCAAGUGCAUCACAUCGAAAUUGGACCACAAUUCGAUGCACAUUUUGAGUACGAAGAAGAUGAGUCUGACGAGAAUAACAAAAGUGAAUUUGACGUUUGAAAAUAAAAAAUAUCUUUCUAUUUAAACGAUCAAAAC